GACAGUACUAAAACUGCAUCACAAAGAGGGGGGGACUGCAAUCCCCAGCUGAUCUAUUGCAGACACAUUCUGAUGCCUUUUUAUAUUAUAUAUACAUACAGAUAGCCCAAUCUUACAAUCUCUUUUCUGUGAAGGCCUCGAUGGGCUGUUCUUGAUGAAACUGCCAGCUCACUCCCUAGUUUGAUAUUUGUGGUCAACUGAUUCAGGUUUGUCUGUUUUCCCUUGGAUCUUGAACCAAUGCGUGGACAUCAGGAGUAUGCAGUUUCCCGCUAGAUGAUAUCUUUCCCUCAAAUUUCCAUGACAUCGUCAGUUUAGAAACUGUUCCUUGUAGAACAUCAGCAAGUUCAGCAGUCAGUUACUGAAGCUCCUGCUGAAUGUGCCCCAACAGCCACCCCUCUUUCAAAGCAAUCUCAUUCUACCUAUGGAGCCAAAAUAAUGGACUUGCUUGGCCUGCCCAGAAUUUUUUGUGCACAACCAUGUAAGCAGCUGGGAUGUUAAUUGCUUAAGUAACUGCCUGUUUCAAUAUACUGUGUAUUCUGCGUCCCUCAAGAGCUUCCUUUAUUUUGGCAGUUACCUGUAGGCUUAGUGCAAGUGCGUCGUUUCGCAAAAGGUAAUACAUGAAUGCUGUACAAGACGAUCUCCUCACCUUUAUAAUAUAGAUGUAAAGCCAAACAUUACAUAGUGUAGAUGGUGACAAACUGGCAUGUUCUGUUUUAUGUCCUAGAUAUAUUUAUUUGCUCACAUCGGUGAAUAAGAUGCCCGAUCAAGCUGUCAGUAGUGAGAAUAACCUUCAUUACCCCGUGGGCUGCCAACCUCCCACCCUCCCCCGAGUACUGAGACGCGCUUGAUACGUCACGCGUUUGUCCUCCAGUUUAUAAAAAGCUGCCCUGCUGUAGAUACAGACGAGCGUUUAUCGGGCUUUACUGGACGUGUGUUUCGGUUCAAGGGAGACCAGUGAUGUUGUAUUCUGGAUUGCGAAAAGACUGCGUCGGGAAAGAUAUGGAGAUACGAGAGGCUGCAGCUUUGAGGCAGCAGCGGAGGAUGAAGCAGGCGGUACAAUUCAUCCACAAGGACUCUGCCGACCUCCUGCCUCUGGACGGACUAAAGAAACUUGGAACCUCCAAGGAAAUGCAGCCGCAUACCAUAAUUCAGAGACGGUUGUUGGAGACCAAUUUGUCCCGAUGCAGGCUCAACAAUAGAGGAACAAAAUUCACCAGUAAUAGCAUUGUGCUGCAGAACAACAGUUUUAACCACAGCAAACUGGAAGACCUUACCCAGCCUGAAGAGGAGGACCUUAUUUACGUGUGCUGCAAGUGCUGUGGAUGGGAGCUAAAGGCCUUGAUUGACACUGGUUCCCAACUGAACUUCAUGUCCUCAGCCUACAUUGAGAAGCUUGGCUUGAAGGACAUGGUCAACAUGAAUAAAAUGGUGAAGGACUCCCUCCCAUUCCGGCGUGACCUGGAAGCUGUGGGCCGAAUGGAUAAACUCAGCAUUGAAUUUGGACAAGUGAAGUUUGAAUGUGCAGUGACUGUUGUGGAAAACCACAAGGCAUUCAUCUCCCUUGGCAACAGGACCUUGAAGUCACUAAAGUGUGUAAUUGAUAUGGAAAAGCAAAUAAUCAUUCUGGGCAGAACGGAGAGGGAGCAGGUGCCGUUUGUUGGUGAGAAAAAUGCAUCAAGGGAUGAAAUCUCUCCUGGAGUCAAAGAAUGCUAAUCCCCUCAUCAUACAACACACGCAGAACAUAUUGGUUGGUUGUUCACAUCCAGAACAAAAUGACAACUGCCACUAUCAAUCUGUCAAAGUAAGCUUAAUUAAAAAUCACACAGCCAAGCCCAAAAUGCCACUCCAGUGUCUCACCAUGUAAUCCUUCCAUUACAGUCAUACAAGACCUCAGUACUUUACUACCCUCAUAUCCCAUCACACCUUUGGCAUCUGGGAAUUUAAUUUCAGCAAAGAAUGUUCCAUUGAUUUCUCUUGCAUUUGAAUUCAUUAAGUGUGUUGGUAAAAUGAAUCUUCAUACUUUAAAAAAGGAAAUCAAGCAUACAUCCUGCAUUUUUAUGUCUACAUUAUAGGGGAACCUUAAGUUUAAUAAUCUAUACAGGGAAAUUCCUGAUUAUACACGAUGAAGCCCUUCUUAUAGUCCAUACAUAUGUGCUCAGUCUCAUUGACACCAAGUGUUGGGGAAAGCAUGUAUAAUACAAAGAAGUUAUAACAUGUUAUAUGCUUUGUGUAGAACAGUGUUAAUGUUAGGAGAGCACUGCUGUGUAGAAAUUUAACUCGGCUGAAAUGUUUUUGAAACGGGGUUCUUCUGUGAGAUACCAGCUGUACUUUCUGGUAUAGUGCCUGUAUUUUUAUUUUUGUAGAGUGAACAUUAAUUCUAUUUUAGCAAGUGUAUUUUUGUUUUCAUUUAAGCAAAUCAGCACUUUGUAUUCAUUGACAAUAAUGUGUAUUGAGUUUUAUGUCAUGUAUUUUGAUAACUUUACAGGAACGCAUAGUAUAUAGUAUAUGAAAUUUAAUUAAUAGACCUGGUAAACUACUUCAGCCUCUUGACCAAAGGCAAACAAAAGGUAAAUUUCAUAGUGAAGUUUUGAUAGAGAAUUGUAUUUUCUUAGACAUUUGUCAGUAUAACCAUUGAUCUUUACAUUUUUAAAAGUAAUUCUGGUUUAUAAAAAAAACAAGUUGCUGUGGUAGUCUUUUACUUGUGUGUAGCACACAUGCAGUACUUGGAAUAAAAUGAAUGUGAAUCUGA